AUGAUCGAAUUUAAACGAAGAAAAUUGGAGGAGAGUAAACAUGGUUUCUAUCCAAUCCUUCCGGAUGAACUUUGCGAAGAAACUCCGUUGGUGGAGGUGUACAUCGAUGAAAUUGCAGAUCCAAAAAACAUUUCUCGGGUUAUUGUAGAGUUAAAUUCGAUUUUACCGAUUGAAGAAUUGUCUCAUUUAAAAAGGUACAAAAUUUUAAUGAAAAUGGCUAUUGAUAUUGCUAAUCAACAAGAUCAAAUCAACCCUAUUGGAGUUGUGGUUUUUGACCCAAAAAUACAAUCAGUUGUUGCAAUUGGUUACAAAACCGAAUUAAGCCCUAUGGCUCACCCUGUAAUGACAGCAAUUGAUAACGUUGCAAUUACUCAAAACGGUGGGGCGUGGAAUCAAGAAAAAUCAAUAAUUGAUGAAAAUGUAUCAAAUAGUCUUAAUCAAAAUGGUAUUCCAGAAAAUUAUUUAAAAAUUCUUAAAGAUAAAUAUCCCCACGCAAAAUUUGGGGCUACUAAUUAUAGAAAUAAAGACGAAUUAGAUAAUCCUGAAGAUGGUCCAUAUCUCUGCACCGGAUAUUAUGUAUUUGUGACCCAUGAACCUUGUAUUAUGUGCUCAAUGGCAUUGAUUCAUAGUAGGGCUAAAAGAGUGUUUUUUGGAGUUAAAUCUUCAAAUGGCGGAUUAGAAAGUUUAUGUAAAGUACAUACUGUAAAAGAUUUGAAUCAUCAUUACGAAGUUUGGGGAGGAUUAUUGGAAGAAGACUGUGGAAAAUUAAAAUAG